AUGCAACUAUACUUGUUCAGUCACAAAACAAUGUCUUUUGAAAUUUGCAUAGUACCCUUUUGGGGACAAGGCCAUCUUUUUCCCUGCAUUGAGCUAUGUAACCGUUUAACAUCAAGAAAUGUUAACAUCACCCUCAUCAUCCCUUCCACCAUUACAACUUCUCUUCCCUCUUCCCUCCUUCAACACCCUCUCAUUCGAAUCGCCCAGUUCCCGUCACCACCUCCACCGCCAUCCCACCACGACCUUGCCCCGGACCUCGAACGCAUCCUCGCCAACAACCCCACCCGACCCGUUUGCGCCAUCGUUGACAUCAUGAUGAGCUCCUGCUCCGCCCCCGUUUUCACCAAAUUUCAUAUCCCUACGGUAGCCUUCUUCACCUCCGCCGCCUGCUCCGCCGCCAUGGAACUCGCCACCUGGAAAGCCCAACCUUUAAAUCUUGAACCCGGCGAGACCCGUUUACUUCCCGGGUUGCCCGAAAACAUGGCAAUUACGCAUUCGGACCUUAAACGACGACCUCAACAUCCUCAUCCUCCGCCGCCGAUCGGUGCAUCACCGCAUUACGGAGGAGAAACCAGGUUUCCUCCGCCUCCAGGAAAGGGACCACCGAACCACGGCGGGGGAUUCGGUUUUCCUCCGCCGCCGGGGAAGGGACCACCUAAACUGGGGGAACCGCCACCGUGGCUGGAUGAUGUUCGAGAAAGCAGCGCGGUAAUCAUCAACACGUGUGAUGAUCUGGAGCGUACAUUUAUUAAAUACAUAACAAAUCAUAUUGAAAAACCCGUCUGGGGUGUUGGACCACUUUUACCAGAGCAGUAUUGGAACUCGACCGCUUCAGCUCUCUUAGACCGUGACGUCCGGCCGAACCGCCGGUUCAGCGUCACCGAAGAAGAAGUAACCCAGUGGUUAGAUUCAAAGCCACGUGGGUCGGUUCUGUAUGUAUCAUUUGGUACAGAGGUGGGUCCCACUUCGGAGGAGAUGGAAGAACUCGGUGGAGCCCUGGAGUCAUGUGAAGAAGCAUUCAUUUGGGUGAUUCAGGCCAGUUCAAGUAUUGGAGGUAGUAAAGAAGGGUAUUUUGGGAAUAGGGGUAUGAUAAUACGUGGGUGGGCACCACAGUUGUUGAUACUGAGUCAUCCUUCAACGGGUGGGUUUUUGUCUCAUUGUGGAUGGAACUCGACGGUGGAGGGUGUCGGACGUGGGGUUCCGUUGUUGGCGUGGCCCAUAAGGGGUGAUCAAUACCAUAAUGCCAAGUUGGUGAUGUCUCAUCUUAAGCUCGGUUACAUGGUGACGGAUGAUAUGUCGGAGAAGAUAACCAAAGAUGAUAUUGUUAGGGGAAUAAAGAAGUUGAUGGCCGAUAAAGAGAUGAAGAGAAAUGCUGAGAUUCUAAGUGCCAAGUUUCAGCAUGGGUUUCCUAGAAGUUCACUGGAGACUUUAGAUGAUUUUAUUGACCACAUCAAGCAUUCAGGCGUCCAUUGCUAAGUCAAUAUGUUCUUUCUAGUGAAUUGAACUGACUCUGAGAUUUAAAUAAUGAAAAGUGAUGAUGUUCUUUUCACAAAUAAA